AUGGCCGGUCCUGCACACAAUGAUUCGUCCGCCUCGUCCUCAUCGCGUCCGCUAAACAAUGCCGCCAGCAACAGCAAUAACGACCCCGCCGACCGAGAUGAGUUGGACUUCUGGAGCGAAGACGAGGACGUCGCCGAUGUCCUGAUCGAAGACCCAAUCCACGAGGAACUCGACGAGCCCCUUUCCUUCAAGCGAAAACAGAAGCAGAACGCUCUCUCGACUGCGAGCCGCUUCCUAUCCGCCUUCACUGGUUCGCGAUCGGGCACUGCCUCCCCUCACUCCUCGCCGCGAGUGCGAACGCCGACCCACGACCCAAACCGAUCACCUCGGAGGGCGGGCGCACAUGGUGCUGCGAGCCAGACUACCAAAGAUGGCGCGCCGCUGGAUUGGUACGUGGAGGGACCAGGCAGAAGAGUAGGAUACGAGGAUCUGACAGCCAUCGAUUGGAUUUUCGAAUACACAAAGGAGCGUCAGCGUCUGCGUGUCCUCCACUCAGGCGCGCAAGGACUGCUUGGGCUAUUCAAGCAGCUCGCAGAUGCCAGUGAGGUCUGGAUCAUUCUGAUUUUGACCGGCAUGGCCGUUGGGGCUGUUGCUGCCGGGAUUGACAUAACGACCGAUUGGCUUGGCGAUCUGAAGACAGGGUACUGCUCUAACGGCCCGGAAGGAGGCGCGUUCUAUCUGAACAAGAACUUUUGCUGUUGGGGUUAUAAUGAGAUGUCCAAGUGUGCCGGUUGGACGCCUUGGGCGAAGGCGUUGGGGAUUUCUUCGGGCGGUGGGAAAUGGUUCAUAGAAUACUUCUUCUUUCUCAUUCUCUCUGUCAUUCUGGCAUCAGCAGCGGCGAUGCUGGUUCAGGAGUACGCAAUGUAUGCCAAGCACAGCGGUAUACCCGAAAUCAAGACGGUGUUGGGUGGGUUCAUCAUCCGAAGGUUUCUUGGCAGUUGGACUUUGAUCACCAAGUCCCUAGGUUUGUGUCUCGCAGUUGGAUCAGGCAUGUGGCUAGGUAAAGAGGGACCCCUAGUCCACGUUGCUUGUUGCUGCGCCAAUCUCUUUAUCAAGCUUUUCAACAACAUCAACGACAACGAGGCUCGAAAGAGAGAGGUUCUCUCUGCUGCUGCUGCCUCUGGCAUAUCGGUGGCUUUUGGCUCGCCGAUUGGAGGCGUGUUAUUCAGUCUCGAGCAACUCUCCUACUAUUUUCCGGACAAGACCAUGUGGCAGAGUUUUGUCUGUGCCAUGACUGCGGCCGUCGUACUUCAAGCAUUCGAUCCAUUUCGCACGGGCCAGCUUGUCAUGUACCAAGUCAAAUUCAGUACGGGAUGGCAUGGCUUUGAGCUCAUUCCAUUUGUCUUUCUAGGCAUACUUGGUGGAAUAUACGGCGGUCUCUUCAUCAAAGCAAACAUGGCCGUAGCACGAUGGAAAAAGAAUACGCCAUGGUUACCAGGGCCUAUCACGCAAGUCGCUGCGAUUGCCCUUCUGACGGCACUCAUCAACUACCCCAACCAUUACAUGAAGUUCCAGACUUCAGAACUGGUGUCGAACUUGUUCGUCGAGUGCUCCAAGUAUGUCGACGAUCAGAUCGGUCUCUGUAAGACAGGAGCUGCAUCAGCACCGACUAUUGUUCUACUGAUCUUUGGGGCUAUCCUUGGAUUCUUUCUCGCCACCAUCACCUUCGGCCUCCAGCUGCCUGCCGGUAUUAUCCUGCCUUCAAUGGCCAUUGGGGCUCUGACCGGCAGAGCAGUUGGCAUUAUUAUGGAGAUCUGGGUUACGAACCACCCUACGUUUUUCGCAUUUGCCUCCUGCGAACCAGAUGUUCCCUGCGUAACACCGGGAACUUACGCUAUCAUCGGUGCGGCAGCUACACUUGCCGGCGUCACGCGAAUGACUGUCUCAAUCGUCGUCAUCAUGUUCGAGCUGACGGGAGCUUUGACGUACGUCCUUCCCAUUAUGAUCGCGGUUAUGCUAUCGAAAUGGGUGGGGGAUGCAUUCUCACGGAAGGGCAUCUACGAAGCAUGGAUCCAUUUCAAUGAGUAUCCGUUUUUGGACAACAGCGAGGAAAUGGUAAUCCCCGAUAUUCCUGCUUCCCAGAUCAUGACUCGUAUCGAGGACUUGGUUGUACUCACGGCGACGGGCCACACCAUUGCCAGCCUCAAGAACAUCCUCGACACGCACACCUAUCGAGGGUUUCCGGUCAUUUCAGAUCCCCGUGAAGCCAUUUUGCUGGGAUACAUUUCGCGUGCAGAACUCACCUACAACCUGCAAAUAUGUUCGCAGCCACCGCGAUCCCUUCCGCCGGAGACGGAGGCCUUUUUCUCUCACCAGCCUCUCGCGGACCCACGCACGACUCUUGAUCUCCGGCCGUGGAUGGACCAAACGCCCAUAACCAUGGCAUCAAGAUCCAACCUGCAUCUUGCCGUCAGCUACUUCCAAAAGCUCGGCCUGCGGUACGUCCUGUUCAGUGACCGCGGUGCUUUACAGGGUCUCUUGACCAAGAAAGACGUUUGGUACGUCCUCAACGGCGCCGAGGAGACACGUCGGACAAGCGGGCUGUCAAGAGGUAUGGGAGUCGAGACUGGUCUCACGAGAGAGGAUGGCGGUGGCGAGCAUCAAGGUCUACUGAGGGACGACGGGCAUGAAGAGGGAAUCGGCCCGGCAGAAGAUCGGGGACCGAUUUUAUAA